AUGGCGAUGGCUCGGGUGCGGUUGCUUGAUUCGAUUGUAACCGCGUUUUCCUUUUUCGUUGUCUCCUCAUUUAGAUUCAAUGCUUCGUUGAAUGAAAGCUUAAGAAUGAGUCUGAUGCCGUAUAGAGCGCUGGCCAUUGUCGGCGUGUGGUUGGCGGUGGCGGUGGCACACAUAAGAAUUGAACGACCGGAACCGACCAGCUUCGUCCGUAGCAGCGUGGAACAGGUACCGCCGCAUGGGUUCGAGAAGCAGGUGGCGGCAGAUUCGGCAAGCAAUGACUACGGCAGUGAAUCGCUGCCAUUACGCAGCGCCGUCGAAAGUGUCCCGGCGAGUCUUGUUGAUGGACGUCUUCCGCUACGAGAUUCUGUUGAGUUUCGCAUCCUGGACAUGGAUGAUGCCAUUGAGGACACCGUCAGCAAGGUGAAAACCGUCGUCAGCAAGCAGCAGUUAAAGUUAUCCUCCACCUCGAAGAAGGAUGUGGAAAAUUUUCGUGGCUACACCACGCAGGAUAAAUAUGCGGCCUACGUGUUGCCAUCCCGACCAGCCGCAGGACCCAUGCCGUAUCGUACCGGUUCCCCCUACCAGCAGCUGCUGAGCAGUAAGGAUGUCACCAUGGUUCCGAACGUCUUCAAGCAGCUCUCACCGUAUCGUCAAAGUGACGACAGCGAGUACAAAGUGAUCUGCCACAUGACCAAUUGGGGAUUUUAUCGUAAGGGUGACGCACAGUUCGUCCCGGAACAUCUGGAUCCGAGUCUUUGCACGCAUAUCAUCUACUCGUUCGCCACGUUGGAUCCCGCCACACUGACGAUGAAGGAGUUCGACAGUUGGGCCGAUUUGGAUAACAAUAUGUACUACCGGACGACAUCAACCGCUGGUGAAGUGCCCGUUUUACUCGGAAUGGGUGGUUGGACCGAUUCUGUAGGCAAUAAGUACUCGGACAUGGUCAGAUCAGCGACAAAUAGGAGAAAUUUCAUCACCAACGCCAUCACAUUCCUCAAAAGGCAUGGCUUCUCCGGGUUGCACAUGGACUGGAACUACCCGGUCUGCUGGCAGAGUGAUUGCUCCAAAGGAUCGGACAGUGAUCGAUCAAACUUUAGCAAACUGAUGCAAGAGCUUCGACAAGCUUUCGACGCGGAAAACCUUCUGCUGAGUACGAGCAUCUCCGGGUACAAAGAGGUCCUUACGGUAGCGUACGAUAUUGCGGAGCUGUCACGGUACGUCGAUUUCAUGACCAUUAUGACAUAUGAUUAUCACGGCUCCUGGGAAGAGCAAACGGGUCACGUCAGUCCACUGCAUGGCAGUGCCACCGAUAAGUACCCACAGUACAACACCGCGUACGCCAUGGAACUGUUGGUUAAGAUGGGUGCCGAUAAGAAGAAGCUUAUCGUCGGUGUGCCGUUCUAUGGACAAACGUUUACGCUGGCCCAAUCUGCCCGAGCGACACCCGGCGAGGGAAGUCCUGCCAUAGGGCCGGGCACUGCCGGGGACGAUACCAGGCAGCCGGGAAUGCUGGCUUACUAUGAAAUAUGUCAACGUGUUCGCAAGCAGAAGUGGAACGUUGGACGGGAUUCGUCGAUGAAGUCUGGCCCAUAUGCAACCAGUGGUGAUCAGUGGGUUGGAUACGAUGACCCCGUGUCGGUCACGUUUAAGGCGCAGUACGUGAAGAAGUCCGGGUUUGGAGGAAUGUCCGCGUGGACGGUCGAUUUGGAUGAUUAUAAGAAUCGCUGUUGCGAAGAGAGCUUCCCCGUGUUGCGAGCGAUAAACCGAGGUCUGGGAAGGUUGGCUACACCACCGCCCUCGGCAAUGGACUGUACCCGACCGUCUCAACCAGUUACACCGAAGCCGGCCGAAAUGACGUUUAGUCCGGACAGUGGCAUUCCGAGUACAACUUCUACUCCGGCUCAUUCACACACAACCUGGCCAUCAUGGAACCCGGAUCAAACUUCCACGACACGAAGAACCACGACUCCCACAACAACGACAACUCCAACGACUACAACGACCACUACCACUUCGACAACAACUACUCCUAGGACCACCAGGAGGACUACUCCUUCAACGACAACGACGACAUACAGUCCACCAGCGACAACGGCAAUCCCCGUACCCGGGUUAAUUAUGCCCGAGCUUAGCAACGCCGAAAGCUGCGAACCGAAUCAAUACAAGGCGCAUCCGACGAACUGUAAUUCCUACUAUCGUUGCGUUCUGUCCGAGUUCAAGCAACAGUUCUGCGCCGGAGGAUUACACUGGAAUAAUGCAGCGAAACUGUGUGAUUGGCCCUCAUCUGCCAAAUGCGAAAUGGACAUGGGUACAUCACCCGAAGAUGAGGAACCAUACACCACUACGACCACGACUACAACAGCACGUCCCACAAGGACGAGACGCACCACAACGACCACUACGGAGUCCACCACUCAAGAGGCCACCACAUCGCGUCCUCCUCGGCGAACAACUGCUCCUCCUGCUCAAGCACCCAACCAGCCGAAGCCGACACGCCCUGCGAAGAAACCGGUGACGACCACCAAGAAACCUGCCGGCCGUCCUACGGAGAAGUGCAACAACGGAGAGUACUAUCCGCACAAGAACUGCGACAGUUUCUACAUUUGCGUCAACGAUAAGAAAAUCGCCCAACAGUGCGGACCAGGGCUGUACUGGAGUCAGGAAGAGAAGAACUGCGACUGGGAGGACAAUGUAAAUUGUGUCAGUAACGAGCAGUACUUUAGACUGCUGACGACCUUUGGCGCUCUGAAGGCCCUGUCGGAGGACGAUCCUUGCGAUGGAAAUUCGCAUGUUCCGUAUCCGGGCGAUUGCAAUCAGUAUCUCGUGUGCAACUGGGGCCGUUUGGAGGCAGCAAGCUGUGCGGAUGGUCUCCACUGGAACCAACAGCUGCAGAUCUGCGAUUGGCCGGCCGGUGCAAAGUGUUCCCAGCAGGGUGGAGUCCCCGAGAGCACGGAGAACAUUUCCGAUGAGAACAAUUCGUGGCAGAACUCGAACCAGGACAUCGACGGUCCACAGUAUGUCGUAUCGACGACGGAAAAGCGAACCACCACCACAAGGACAACUACGCCCGCUCCGGUUUCCACUCCUCCACCGGUGCUGGAACCACUGUCCGGGUACUACAAGAUGGUGUGCUACUUCACCAACUGGGCCUGGUACCGGAAGGGCUACGGGAAGUACACACCCGAUCACAUCCGAACCGACCUCUGCACACACAUCGUGUACGGAUUUGCUGUACUGGACUACAGCUCGCUAACGAUCAAGACGCACGACUCUUGGGCGGACAUUGACAACAAGUUCUACACCCGAGUGGUCGCGGCGAAGGAGAAGGGCGUAAAGGUGACGCUCGCCAUCGGUGGAUGGAACGAUUCUAUGGGAGAUAAGUACAGUCGACUGGUGCGAAGUGCUUCCGCGCGGGCAAAGUUUGUCGAGCACGUGAUCGGCUUCCUGGAGAAGUACGGCUUCGAUGGGUUGGAUCUCGAUUGGGAGUACCCGGUGUGCUGGCAGGUGGACUGCAAGAAAGGAUUUGCCGAUGAAAAGGAAGGUUUUACGGCGCUGGUGAGGGAGCUCUCGGAAGCGUUUAAACCACGUGGCUGGCUACUGUCGGCGGCGGUUUCGCCGAGUAAAACGGUUAUCGAUGCCGGGUACGAUGUGGCACCAUUGGCAAAGUACUUCGACUGGAUUGCGGUCAUGACGUACGAUUUCCACGGCCAGUGGGACAAACAAACCGGUCACGUUGCGCCAUUGUAUUACCAUCCGGAUGAUGAAAUUGAUUUCUUCAAUGCGAACUAUUCCAUCAACUAUUGGAUUGAAAAGGGAGCACCAUCGAGAAAGUUGGUCAUGGGUAUGCCACUGUAUGGGCAAUCAUUCCAGUUGGCUGACAUGAAGAAAAAUGGUCUAAACGCCAAGGCACCGGGAGCGGGGCAAGCGGGAGAAUUUACCAAAGCGGCCGGAUUUUUGUCCUAUUAUGAGAUCUGUGAUCGUAUACAGAACAAAGGCUGGACAGUGGUACAGGACGAGCUGCAACGGAUGGGUCCGUACGCGUACAAGGGCAAUCAGUGGGUUUCCUUCGACGACAAGGAGUCACUGCUAAGAAAGGUACAGUUCAUACGAGCGAUGGACCUGGGAGGAGGUAUGGUUUGGGCACUCGAUUUGGACGAUUUCAAAGAUCGUUGCGGACAAGGCAGUCAUCCUCUGCUGACGGCAAUUCGAGAAGGUCUGCGGGAUGCACCUAGCGGAGCUGAAGUGUUACCUUCUAUUGUGGCCGAAUCGGGUGUGGAGGAAAGUAACGAGCGACCAAAUGAAUCAGGCAACGGAAACUUGUCCCCAGAAAAGCAACAACCUGGCAUCGGCGAUAGUACGGAGGAGGAAGAAAACGAGGUCGAUUCCGACGAGUACAAAGUCGUCUGUUAUUUCACCAACUGGGCCUGGUACAGGCAGGGUAAUGGAAAGUAUCUGCCGGAAGAUAUCGACCCGGAACUGUGCACGCACAUCGUGUACGGGUUUGCAGUGCUCGAUCGGGAAGCGCUAACGAUUAAACCGCAUGACUCGUGGGCCGACAUCGACAAUCGGUUCUACGAGCGUGUGGUGGAGCUGAAGAAGAAGGGCAAGAAGGUGACUGUCGCCAUCGGUGGGUGGAAUGAUUCGGCCGGCGAUAAGUACAGCCGGUUGGUUCGGAGCGAGCAGGCAAGGAAACGUUUCAUCGAAAAUGUGAUGAAGUUCAUCGCAAAGUACAACUUCGACGGUUUGGACCUCGACUGGGAGUAUCCGGUGUGCUGGCAGGUGGACUGUACCAAGGGUUACGCGGACGAAAAGGAAGGAUUCGCCAGUUUGGUGGUCGAACUGGCGGACGCUUUCAAACCGUUCGGGUAUUUGCUUUCGUCGGCCGUAUCGCCGAGUAAGAAGGUGAUCGACGCUGGGUACGAUGUGCGCACGCUUUCGGAUUACAUGGACUGGAUCGCCGUUAUGACGUACGACUAUCAUGGCCAGUGGGACAAGAAGACGGGCCAUGUUGCUCCCAUGUACGAACAUCCGGAUGAUUCCGAUAAAACGUUCAACGCAAACUUCACGAUCCACUAUUGGAUUGAGCAGGGUGCGGACCCUCGGAAGCUCGUCAUGGGAAUGCCAAUGUACGGGCAAUCGUUUUCGCUUGCGGACAACAACAAUAACGAUUUGAAUGCUAUGACUUACGGUGGAGGUGAAGCUGGCGAUCAAACGAGAGCGAGAGGAUUUUUAUCAUACUAUGAGAUUUGUUCCAACAUCUUGAACAAAAACUGGCAAGUUGUACGCGACCGCAAGGGACGCAUGGGACCGUACGCCUACAAAGGAGAUCAGUGGGUUUCAUUCGACGAUCAGUUCAUGAUUCGCCACAAGAGUGAGUUCGUGAAGGCGAUGGGUCUCGGUGGCGCCAUGAUCUGGGCGUUGGAUCUGGACGACUUCCGGAACACAUGCGGAUGUGAGGAAUAUCCUUUGCUGCGCACGAUCAACCGUGUACUGCGAAACUAUCCCGGACCGGGCCCGAAAUGCAUAUUGGGAUCGGGAAAGCCAAACGAACCACCCAAGGAACGUCCCACUACCGCCAUGACUACGACCACGAGACGUACAACACCAAGAACCACGACGACGACGACGACGACGACGACGACGACGACGACGACAACUACCACACCAGCACCCACCACGACUACAAGAAGAACCACCGCACGUAGGACGACUCGUCCUACCACGACCGCUAGACCCACAACUCCUUACAUUGAUGACAAUGAUUCUGAUCAAUCGAAGGGUGUUUGUGACGGUCGGUUGUUUGUGCCACAUGAAUCCGAUUGCUCCAAGUACUACAUUUGCCAGCAUGGACAACGCUACGAGCAAAAAUGUCCACCAAACACGCUUUGGAACGAUGGCUACUGUGAUUGGGCGGAAAAUUCGAAAUGUAAAAACAAACAACGUCCGGUAUCGUCGGCCUCUGCAACGACGGAAAGCAUUCCGUCCACCAGCCGUCCCGGUACGACCACCCGCCGAUCUGCCACCAGGCCUUCAAGCACCGCUGAGCCAUCAACGACCGUUGCAACCACCACGUCGAGACCUUCCCGUCCUCCUUCGACCACGGUCAGUUCCGGAAACGAUGACUACAAAGUAGUAUGCUACUUUACCAAUUGGGCCUGGUACCGGCAGGGCGAUGGAAAGUACACGCCGGACGAUAUCGACAGCACCUUAUGUACGCACAUCGUGUACGGCUUUGCGGUGCUGGAUCGCGAAAGUUUGACCAUUAAAACGCACGACUCUUGGGCGGACAUAGAUAACCGAUUCUACGAGCGGGUGGUGGAGCAGAAGCGCAAGGGAGCAAAGGUGACGCUUGCGUUGGGCGGGUGGAAUGAUUCGCUCGGCGAUAAGUACAGCAAGUUGGUCCGGGAUCCCUCAGCUAGGGCGAGGUUUGUUAAGCAUGCCGUCGAGUUUAUUGAAAAGUACGACUUUGAUGGACUUGACCUUGAUUGGGAGUAUCCGGUGUGCUGGCAAGUGGAUUGCCAAAAGGGCUAUCCGGAUGAAAAGGAAGGCUUUGCACUAUUGGUCCAAGAACUGGCGGUUGAGUUCCGACCACGUGGCUGGCUUCUAUCGGCUGCCGUGUCGCCAAGUAAGAUGGUGAUCGAUGCCGGUUACGAUGUGCCAGUGUUGGCAGAAUACUUUGACUGGAUCGCCGUGAUGACGUACGAUUUCCACGGCAACUGGGACAAACAGACCGGUCACGUGGCCCCUCUGUACUACUACCCGGGCGAUACGUACGAUUACUUCAACGCCAACUAUACCAUCCACUACUGGAUCGAAAAGGGUGCACCGUCGCGAAAGCUGGUCAUGGGCAUGCCACUCUACGGACAAUCGUUCUCACUGGCCGACGCGCGUCGAAACGGAUUGAACGAAAAGUCAUACGGUCCGGGUGAGGCCGGAGAGUUUACCCGUGCGGGCGGAUUCUUGUCGUUCUACGAAAUUUGCGAAAAGGUCAACCGACACGGAUGGUCGGUUAAACGGGAUCCGGAGGGUAGGAUUGGCCCGUACGCGUACAAUGGAAACCAAUGGGUUUCGUACGACGAUGUGGAUGAAAUCAAACGAAAAUCUCAGUUUGUUAAAGAAAUGAACCUGGGUGGAGGAAUGGCGUGGGCGUUAGAUCUGGACGAUUUCCGAGGACGUUGUGGCUGCGGAGCGCAUCCUUUGCUGCGUACUAUGAAUUUGGAGCUGGGCCGUAUCAACACUCAGCCUCCGGAAAAUUGUACCUAA